CUCCCAAUGAGAGUUGAAAAUUGGAUCUGGGUUUUGCGAAUCUUGGUCAAACUACCUGUCAAGAACCUUCGCUUCUUCAACCACGGCAUUGACUUGCAGGUGGACUGUUUGAUUGGUAUUCAAGAACGUGCCCAUUUCUCUUCCAGAAGCUACCGGGCUGUUCCUGCCUACCUCCUAUCGUUGUGGUGUCGUCAUGGAAAACAAACCCUUUCUCUUGAAUCCUAGGGAAGCAGAGGAAUCCGGCAUUUCGGUGGGUGAUAAUGUUCCCUCCGGCACACGUGAUGUUGCGGAUGAUGCCAGUAUCGCUGUUCCGAGGACGCCCUGUUCUUCUUCUUCGUUUGCCGAUUUCGUUGCCAACUUGAACAAUCCGAAGAAACUGCUGAUUUGCCGUUCACAUUCUGCUCCUUCCUUGUUCAGCAGCAUCAAGGAGUCGGUUCCCGACCUUCUAAAUCCUGGACGUGCCCCUGAGUUGACCUCUUCGAUUGUCCGCCACGCGUUGAUUGCCGUCCUGGUGUAUUUCUUGUUCGGAGUUGCCGUCUACAUAACUACUGGAAAUUUCGAGGGCCAGGAGACGGUGAGAGUCAUCGAUGCUGCGUACUUCACUGUGGUCACGCUCUGCACGAUCGGUUACGGCGAUAUCGUCCCAAGCACCACAUUUACCAAGCUAUUCACUUGCGCGUUCAUCCUGGCAGGGUUCGGGUUACUAGGGAUUCUGCUCAAUGGAUUGGUCACGUACAUCUGCGAUCGGCAGGAAGCCAUAAUGUUGAGCACCGUGGAUGAGAACAGCUUCAAUGCGAUGGUUCGGACAUAUAUGGUCGACAAGGAAAAGGGCAGGAUGAGGACAAGGAUCAAAGUUUGCUUGGCUUUGGGUGUAGUCUUCAUUAGCAUUGCCUUGGGGACGGUGACGGUUCGUUUCUUGGAGGAAUUGAGUUGGGUCGAUAGCUUUUAUCUGUCUGUCAUUUCAGUGACCACCGUUGGUUAUGGAGAUUGCGGGUUUACGACUGUGGCAGGAAGGUGUUUCGCUAUAGUGUGGCUGCUAUUGAGUACGUUGGCCGUUGCUAAGGCGUUUUUGUACCUAACCGAACUGAGAGUCGACAAGAGGAAUCGCCUGAUUGCAAACUGGGUUCUCCAGCAGAAGAUGACUUUGGGGGAUUUAGCCGCUGCUGAUUUGGACAAUGACGGAUAUGUCAGCAAAUCGGAGUUCAUUGUCUACAAGCUAAGACAGAUGGGAAAGAUAGUAGAGAGAGAUAUCGCACUGAUAGGCAACCAAUUCAAUGUUUUGGACACUAGGAAAUGUGGCAAGAUUACCCUUUCUGAUCUCAUGGAAAGUGAAUGAUUGGAGGAGUGAAGUGUGGCAUGCACUUGGGAAGCCCAAUCCUGGUGCUUGUCUGCUGUCCUUUCAAGCAAAAAGAAAAGCAAAGAGAAGGCAAUCAAAUCUUUUGGGGCAUUUUACUACCAGGGGUACUCGAUUGUCUAAGUGGUGCAUCACGCGUGCUUGGAAAGAUCAAUGCGAGCCGGACGGUAUGAAGCAGAAAAUCAGGUAAUAAGAGGAAUCGCCACUAGGAAAUGUCUUUGGUCAUAAAAUUCUUGAGAAACGAAACUUCCUUAGACACCUCCUGAUGCUGAUUAACAUGCUUUUCCUGUUUAUUCAGUGUAUCAGCUUACCAAAUUUCCAAGAAUACUGCAUAGAGAGACUGCCUCAACAUACUCGCCCUUCAUUGUUCUUGUUCAAGCAAUAUCGACUCCCACCAACAUGCGAAGUAUAGAUAAAAUUCUUGAGUUUUCUUUUCUUGAAAUUCCUUCAAUGUCCAGAAAUUUCUGCAAAAUUUGCGGUUUUAAAGAUUUCUUUAUGUGUUUCUGUCAA